AUGGUGAGAUAUUCGGCCACCCCUGCCGACCCCGCAAAAUCUGCCAAGACGCGCGGGUCAUAUCUUCGAGUGCACUUUAAGAAUACCCGGGAGACAGCAAAGUCUCUUAGUGGUAGAAAACUUCUCAAAGCGAUAAAAUAUCUCGAGGAUGUAAAGGACCAUAAACAAGCUGUACCUUUCCGUCGUUUUAAUGGAGGUGUUGGCCGCUGUGCUCAAGCAAAGGCUUUUGGCGCAACCCAAGGUCGCUGGCCAGCGAAGAGUGCCGAAUUUCUUUUAGGACUACUGAAGAAUGUGCAGAGUAAUGCAGAGGCAAAGGAAUUGACAGUCGAUCGGCUUGUAAUUUCUCACAUUCAAGUCAACCGAGCACCUAAACAGAGACGAAGAACUUACCGUGCGCAUGGACGCAUAAAUCCGUAUAUGAGCAAUCCUUGUCAUAUUGAGAUAAUAGUAUCCGAGGAAGAUGCUCAGGUGAAAAAGGAAAGUGAGGGAAAGGAUGUUCAAAGAUUGAAUCGCAGACAAGUUGCACAGAGACAGAGGUUAUUAACUGCGAGUGCUUAG